UGCAUUUACAAAUUAAAUGGGAUGAAGGUACCCGUGUCUAUGUUAAAUUGGGCAACGAAUGGAAGAACAAAGUUAGCGGACUGUGUGGCAAUUACAAUGACAAUGCCAUGGAUGAUAUGCAAACACCGUCACAAGCACUGGAAACAAGUCCUUUGACUUUUGGUCAUUCAUGGAAGGUGCAACAGUAUUGUACUAUGCCCACCACGCCCAUUGAUGCCUGUAAACAACAUCCCCAGCGUGAGACGUGGGCUCAAUUGAAAUGUGGUAUCUUGAAAUCGGAUCAUUUUAAGGACUGCCAUUCUAAAGUGCCUGUUGAAAAAUACUUGAAACGUUGCAUAUUCGAUACCUGUGCCUGUGAUCAAGGUGGCGACUGUGAAUGUCUUUGUACGGCUGUGGCAGCCUAUGCUCAUGCCUGUUCGCAAAAGGGCGUACAAAUUAGAUGGCGUACACCACACUUCUGUC